UGGGGCAUUAUGAUGCCAAUUGGCCUUUUGGUGGCAAGAUAUUUGAAGGCAGUUGGACCGGCGGUGGACCCUUUAUGGUUCUACCUCCAUAUUAUUGUUCAACUCUCAGCCUAUAUAAUCGGCUUGGCAGGAGGUGCAACUGGGUUUCUUCUUCUCAGCAAAUCUUCUGGCAUUCAUCACCCUUGCCAUCUAGGCAUUGGGAUUAUACUUUUUUCCCUUGGACUACUUCAGGUCUCUGCUCUACUUCUGCGACCUAGCAAGGACAACAAGUAUAGGUAUCUCUGGAAUUUGUUCCACCAUAACACGGGAUACGCAGUCAUUCUCUUGAGCUUCUUCAACAUAUGGUUAGGAUUCAGCAUUUUGAAGCCUGCGAAAAGAUGGAUGAUUGCAUAUGGGGUUGUGUUAGGGGCACUGAUAUUAUCUGCAUUCCUCCUUGAAGUGUGGAAGAAGUUUGCAAGAGAUGGAAGGACUGGUGGAGCACAUGAAGAAGUCAAUAAAUCUGCAAGUACAAGUUCCGUAAAUAGUGUGUAAAAUUUCUACGUAUAUUUAAUUGAGAAUUGACCAAGAGGAAAGCCACCUAACUAUUGAUGCUA